AUGGGCCUGCUCCUGGAGGACGGCAGCACGGAGGUCCUGCUGGGCCUGGCUCUGCUGCUGCUGGUCGUCUACCGCCACGUGACGGCGCAGUUCGACUACUGGGCGCGCCGGGGAGUCCCCUAUCUGAAGCCGGAGCCCUUCUUCGGCAACAUCCGCGACUUCGUGCUCAUGCGCAAGUCCUACGCCGAAGUGUUCGGCCGUCUCUACAACGACAGCGAUCCGCACCCCGUCGUUGGCUUCUUCUUCCAGGCGAGGCCGGCUCUGCUCGUCAGAGACCCCGAGAUGGUCAAACUCGUCCUCAUCAAGGACUUCACGCACUUCCCAAGCCGCUAUCAGGUGUCGGAUGCGCGUACGACACCGAUGGCGCUGAACCUGUUCCACGUGGGCAGCCGCACGUGGCGGCCGCUGCGCACCAAGCUGUCGCCCACAUUCACGUCGGGCCGCAUCAAGGCCAUGUUCCCGCUGCUGGCCGAGUGCGCCGCCCAGCUGCAGGCCAGCACCGACGCCGCCCUGUGCAACGCGCUCCAGGACCCUGACUCGACGUUUCGGGAAAUCGGCAGAAAAAUGUUCAAGCCUAGAAAGAGUACGAUGGCCCUUCGUUUCCUUUACGGCGGCGUGCCGUUCCUGCAACGCUUCAAAGCCAAGUUCACGGGCGACGCCGUCUCCGACUUCUUCCUCGAGCUGGUACGCCAGACAGUCGACGAGCGACUGGAGAAAGACAUCAAGAGGAACGACUUCCUCGACCUGCUCAUCCAGCUCAAGCAGAAAGGACACCUGGAGGGCGACGCCCACGCUCUGGUGCAGACCGAGGAAUCGAUUGAGUUUACCCACGAGCUGAUGACGGCGCAGUGCUUCGUGUUCUUCGCGGCGGGCUUCGAGACGUCGUCGACGACGAUGAGUUUCUGCCUGCACGAGCUGGCGCUGCACCAUGACGUCCAGGAGCGGGUCCGGGCUGAGGUGGACGCGGUCGUGCGCAAGCACGGCGGCGCCAUCACCUACGACGCCAUCCAGGACAUGACCUACCUCGACCAGGUCGUGGCAGAGACGCUGCGCAUGUACCCGCCGCUGCCGUUCCUGGACCGCGUGUGCGAAGUGCCGUACAAGCUGCCGGGGUCCGGCGCGGUAAUCGAACCCGGCACCAGGGUCUUCAUUCCGGUGUGCGGCCUGCACAGCGACCCCCGGUACUUUCCGCAGCCCGAUAAGUUCGACCCAGAAAGGUUCAGCGAGCAGAACAAAGCCAGCAUCAACCGCAACGCCUACCUUCCCUUCGGAGAGGGACCGAGGAACUGUAUUGGAAUGCGGUUCGGCCAACUGCAGACCAAGGUGGGGCUGGCAUCGAUGCUGCAGAAGUUCCGCUUUGAGACGUGCGACGAGACGGCGGUGCCGCCCAGGUUGGCACCCCUGUCAUUCGUCAUGGCGCCCGUGGCUGGCGUCUUCCUCAGGGUGACGCGGCGCAGGGAGGCUGCACCGGCCUAG